AUGGGGGACUUGGACGGCAUCGCAGAGGCCAGAAAAGUAAUCGUGUUUGAUGCUUCGAAGAGAGAGACGCAUCACCCGGGGAAUGGGUUCAAGAAGCUCGCGAGGCGGCUCAAAAGCGGGUACAAGCUUCAGAUUAACAAGGAUGAGCUUUCCGAGGAGUCGCUGAGAGGAGUGAACCUGAUCGUCUUCGGUUCUCCGAGAGAACGGUUUCUCCAAGAAGAGUUCGAAGCCGUGAAGAGUUACCUGAGGUCCGGGGGCAGCGCGGUGUUUCUUCUCGGGGAGGGGGGAGAGGAGCGGCUUGGCACGAACGUCAACUACCUGCUAGAGGAGUAUGGCAUGACAGUGCACAAGGACAGCGUGGCACGGGCCACGUACCACAAGUACAUGCACCCGAAAGAGGCAUUCAUCUCGCACGGCAUCCUCAACCCGGAGAUCGCGCGCAUGAAAGACGCCGCGUCCCUAUCCCGCCGCGGCGGGCACAGCAGCAAGCCGGGCAGCAGCAGCAGCAGCGGGCAGCGCCUAGGGUCCGCCUCGUCCAACCACUCCGGAGGGGGAAGCCACGCGAGCAGCAUCUCCGCCGCCGCCAGCGGCGGCGGUGGAGUGGACGACGCGGGUGCCGUACCGUCCGGCGACGCCGGGCACGGCGGUCUCACGUUCGUAUAUCCCUACGGGGCCACCAUGACGGUGCAAUCGCCCGCGCACCCUGUGCUCUCCUCCGGGCCCAUCUCGUACCCGCUCAACCGGCCAGUGGCCGGCGUUUGGGAACGCCCCAUGGACGCCCCGCCCGGCAGGAAAGCGGGCGGCGACGGCGCGGGAGGAAGAAGAGGUCUGGGCGGCGGUGGCAUGGGAUCGUCGGGGGGGAGGGUGCCACGGCCAGAGGAUCACGAAAGCGAGGCGGCCCCGGCAUCCGAGCCUGCCGUACGCAAGGGCCCCGGGCGCCUCUUGGUGGUGGCGUCCAGCGACAUCUUCGCGGACCCCUGGCUGGACAAGGAGGAGAACGCGAAGCUGUGCGAUGUUUUUAUGCGGUGGCUUCUGGGGGAGGCGGGGGUGAGACUCCCCCGGCGCAGAGAGUACGAGGUGUCCGACAGCCGAAGGGUGCCCAACACCGAGUCCCUGGCGGACAGACUUCGCUGCUGCCUGCAGGAAUCCGAGAGCCUGCCGAAGAACUUCACCAAGCUCUUCAACGACUCCCUCUUCGGCUUCGACACGAAGAUGAUCCCGGAGACCGUGGAGGCGUUCUCCCUCCUCGGGGUGAAGCACGAACCCCUGACGCUCAUCCCCCCGGCGUUCGAGUGCCCCCUCCCCCAGCUGUCCGCCGCGGUCUUUCCCCCGAUCAUGAGGGAGCCUCCCCCGCCGGCGCUGGACAGAUUCGACCUGGACGAGCACUUCGCGAGCGACCGCAUACGCCUCGCUCAGAUAACGAACAAGUGCACGCCGAGCGACUUGGAGUACUACGUGCGGGAGUGCGGGGAGAUCAUGGGCGUGACGGGAGAGCUGUCGGAGGAAUCGCCCGCUUCGAAUGGCCCGAUGGGCGUCCUAGACCACGUGUUCAAGCGACUCAUUCGUUUCAAGAUGCUCAACCAGGAGGAGGGGGCGAUGGACGCCCUUCCCAGGGGUGUAGGCGAGUUCGGUGGCGUUUCGGGGAUGGGCGCCCAGAACGCCCCGGUGGGGGCUGGCGCUGCUGCUCCAGCCAGCGCAACGUCGACGCCGUCCGAGCGAGGGUCGAUCUUGAGGGGGCAACCGCAGCGGCAGGAUUCCACCGGGAGCGGGAGCCUGCUGAGCGGCGGCGGCGGCGGCGGCGGCGGCGGCGGCGGCGGGAACGGUGGAUGGGGCGGUGCGGGCGGGGCAGGGUCUGAGUCGAAGCACGGCGGUGGAGAGCGAUUAUCGUCCAGCAGCAAAGGCGGGGCAGGGGGGUACCCGGCGAAGAGCGAAGGAGGUGGAGCGUCUGACUACAAGCUACCCCCAGGAGGCAAGAACUCGAUUUCGUCGACAGCGGCGUAG